AAAGUUUCGAUUUUUAUUUUUUAAUAGUAGAGCCAAAAAAAGUUUCAAUUUACUUGAGAUAAAGAAAGCAUAUAUUCGAUUAUUAAAGUCAGAAGCAACAAUGGGUCAUCAUCAUCAUCAGUUAACCGACCCACUUGUCACUCUUUGUACUAGUUGUAAAAGUUUCUUCUUUUUCUUGUCUUUUUCUUGCAGAAUUUGUCAAUGGAACCUUUGAUCUUCAAAAUUAGGCUUCUUAUUCUUGCUUGGGUGCAUUUCAGAUCUCAUUCAGGUCCAAUAUCCUUGGUGAAACACUUCUCUAAUAAAGAUAUAAAGAAAGCAACUGAUGGUUUUAGGAGAAUUGUUUACAACUCUUCCAAAAUAGUUGCUUACAGAGCAAAGUUUCAAAAUGGCCAUGCUGCGUUUGUGAAAGAAGUCCGAGGUUUCGAAGAUGAGGAUGAUACGGCCUUCUACAGGGAGGUACAGUUACUCGGUCGCUUGCAUCAUCGACAUAUUGCUGCACUUAAUGGGUUCUCUUGCGGCCCUAAGAGGUUCCUAGUCUUUGAAAAUAUGGAAAAAGGAAGUCUGAAGGAACACCUUUCUGACCCUCUGAUGACUCCACUAAACUGGAGAAUAAGACUGCAGAUAGCAGUUGGCAUCGCUGCUGCUUUAGAAUAUCUCCACUUCUUUUGUGAUCCGCCGAUGUACCACGUUUCAGUCAGUUCAAGUACCAUCAUGCUGGACGAGAACUUCACAGCUAAACUCUGUGAUGUUAGCCUCCUUUGUUCUGUCGAGAACAACAAUCCACUUCCGAAGUCUAAAUGCUCCAAAGAAUGUGGUAAUGAGAUCUGCAAACAGACAAUCUUCCAGCUUGGUUUGCUGAUCCUCGAGUUAGUCACCGGUCAAUCCUCAGAAGAAGGAGGUGUUGACUUAGUUCAAUGGGUUCAAGAUUCUCGCUUCCGAAGAAGAUCCAUUCACCAGAUGAUUGAUCCUGAUCUCGGAGACAGCUACGAUUUCAAAGAGCUUAAAGGUCUUUUGGCAGUUGCAAAAAUGUGUGUACAAUCUAUCCAUAAGCCUACAAUAAAGACCCCUCAAAUAUUGUGGUAUCUCCAAAAGAAACUGGGCAGGACUCCAGUAGUUUGCUGAUGACUUGAGUCAUGUCAUGUUCACAGAUAUAGAUCAUAGAUUGUGUGAGUAGACAUUUUUUUUGUAAAGCUAUGUUACUCGGACUCUUCAAAUCGAAGAGUCCACACAACUUAGUCUGUAAGUAGUCUGCUGCGUUUUGACAUUGAUUAUGAAAUUAGACCUCUUCAUAAAAACAAGAUCCUCUUCAACUAGACCCUUGAUGAGGAUUUGAUUUGCAUACUAUACUAGACCACAUCCAAAAUAAGGCUGUAGCAUGUUGUCCAGUUCUUCUGGUCAUCUUGUAAGAAACAAAUAAGAAACAUUCUGCAGAUCUUGUGCAAUAUUAAGGGUGAAUUAUUUUA